AUGGCCUACCAAGGGUCUGGCGCGCAUUCGCCCAAGUACGAGAGCCAUCAAGAUGCUCCCGCUCAAUAUCGGGAGGAUGAAGAUGCCUCGCACGGAUUGUUGUCCCACCAGCAGGGUCCCUUUGCGACCCCUUUUGAUGACCCGCACUCUCGAGGGGUCUCUCCCGUGCGCCCGGCUUCGGGAUACAGUCUGACCGAGACUUAUGCCUCGGAUUCAGCCCCCGGCUACCAUGAUCCCUAUGCGACGGGCUCUGUCUACUCGGGCCAGUCGGAGAGUCCCGCAGCUGCCUUUGGCGUCCCCGGCCGCGUUGCCUCACCUUACGCUCGCAGCGAGACCUCGUCCACCGAGGCCUGGCGCCAGCGACAAGCUCCUGGAGGUGGAAACCCCGGUGGUGGUAACCUGCGCCGUUAUGCCACCCGUAAGGUGAAGCUGGUCCAGGGUUCCGUCCUGAGUGUCGAUUAUCCCGUGCCCAGUGCCAUUCAAAAUGCCAUACAGGCUAAAUACCGCAACGACCUUGAGGGUGGCAGCGAAGAGUUCACUCACAUGCGAUACACCGCUGCGACUUGCGAUCCCAACGAGUUUACCCUUCACAAUGGCUACAAUCUGCGUCCCGCCAUGUACAACCGUCACACCGAGCUGCUCAUUGCCAUUACCUACUAUAACGAGGACAAGACCCUGACCUCGCGUACCCUGCACGGUGUCAUGCAAAACAUCCGCGAUAUCGUCAACCUCAAAAAGUCCGAGUUCUGGAACAAGGGUGGUCCUGCGUGGCAGAAGAUCGUCGUGGCCCUCGUGUUCGACGGUAUCGACCCUUGCGACAAGGACACUUUGGAUGUCCUGGCCACCGUUGGUAUCUACCAGGAUGGUGUCAUGAAGCGCGAUGUCGACGGCAAGGAGACCGUGGCCCACAUUUUCGAAUACACAACUCAGUUGUCCGUGACGCCGAGCCAGCAACUGAUCCGACCCACCGACGAUGGCCCGAGCACCCUGCCCCCUGUUCAGAUGAUGUUCUGUCUCAAGCAGAAGAACAGCAAGAAGAUCAACUCUCACCGUUGGCUGUUCAACGCUUUCGGUCGUAUUCUCAACCCCGAGAUCUGCAUCUUGCUCGAUGCCGGAACUAAGCCUGGUCCUAAGUCUCUCCUGUCCCUCUGGGAGGCCUUCUACAAUGACAAGGAUCUCGGUGGUGCCUGUGGUGAAAUUCACGCCAUGUUGGGUAAGGGCUGGCGGAACCUGGUGAACCCGCUGGUGGCGGCGCAGAACUUCGAGUACAAGAUUAGUAACAUUUUGGAUAAGCCUCUGGAGAGUUCUUUCGGUUACGUGUCCGUGCUGCCCGGUGCUUUCUCUGCCUAUCGAUUCCGCGCGAUCAUGGGUCGUCCGCUCGAGCAGUACUUCCACGGUGAUCACACCCUGUCGAAGCAGCUGGGUAAGAAGGGUAUCGAGGGUAUGAACAUUUUCAAGAAGAACAUGUUCUUGGCCGAGGAUCGUAUCUUGUGUUUCGAGUUGGUCGCCAAGGCCGGCUCCAAGUGGCAUUUGUCUUACGUCAAGGCCUCCAAGGCCGAGACUGACGUGCCCGAAGGUGCCGCUGAGUUUAUCUCGCAGCGUCGUCGUUGGUUGAACGGUUCGUUCGCCGCCGGUAUUUACUCGCUGAUGCAUUUCGGCCGUAUGUACAAAUCUGGCCACAACAUCAUUCGCAUGUUCUUCUUGCACAUUCAGAUGCUGUACAAUAUCUUCAACACCAUUCUCACCUGGUUCUCCCUGGCCUCCUACUGGUUGACCACCACUGUCAUUAUUGACUUGGUCGGCACUCCCAGUCCGAGCAACGGCGACAAGGCUUUCCCCUUCGGCAAAACCGCUACCCCCAUUGUCAACACCAUCGUCAAGUAUGUAUACUUGGGUUUCCUGCUGCUCCAGUUCAUCCUUGCCCUGGGUAACCGUCCCAAGGGUUCCAAGUUCUCGUACCUGGCUUCCUUUGUCGUCUUCGGUAUCAUCCAGGUGUACAUCGUCGUGGAUUCGUUGUACCUGGUGAUUCGUGCCUUUACCGGCGGCGCCCCGAUGGAUUUCGUCACCAACGACGGCGUGGGAGCUUUCCUCAAGUCUUUCUUCUCCUCGUCUGGUGCUGGUAUCAUUAUCAUUGCCCUGGCUGCCACCUUCGGACUUUACUUUGUCGCCUCCUUCAUGUACGCUGACCCGUGGCACAUGUUCACCUCGUUCCCCGCCUACAUGGUCCUACAGUCCUCGUACAUCAACAUCCUCAACGUCUAUGCCUUCAGCAACUGGCACGAUGUGUCUUGGGGUACCAAGGGUUCCGACAAGGCUGAUGCGCUGCCCUCUGCCAAGACCACCAAGGACGAAGGCACGAAAGACGCAGUCAUAGAGGAAAUUGAUAAACCGCAGGCCGAUAUUGACAGUCAGUUUGAGGCUACCGUCAAGCGCGCGCUGACCCCUUUCGUUGCUCCCGUUGAGCAUGAUGAGAAGUCCCUGGAGGAUUCGUACAAGAGCUUCCGUACGCGUCUCGUCACCUUCUGGAUUUUCAGCAAUGCCUUCCUGGCUGUGUGUAUUACUAGCGAGGCAGUUGACAAGUUCGGUUUCACGAACACUGCCACCACUCGUACCGCUCGUUUCUUCCAGGCCCUCCUGUGGUCCAACGCCGUCAUGGCCCUGUUCCGCUUCAUUGGUGCCUGUUGGUUCUUGGGUCGCACUGGUAUCAAGUGCUGCUUCGCCCGCCGGUAG